AUGCCCAUUCAAACGACUCCAGAAUUCGAUGCGCCAUCCACUGAACAUACACGGCCAGAGUUUCCUGAGGGAGAUCCUACUUUUGCUCCCUAUGCGGCAAUUUAUGACCUGAUGGCUACUAAACGGGACACAGAACCUUCCGAGCUCCCUCCUCAGCAAUCACGAAUCCCUAUCGAUGCGACGGAGAGCUUCCCUAUCAACAGUGAUGUAUUCGAGGGUCGGAUCGUUGUAAUACAUCGUCCUCCUGACCCGAACGGUCCCUUCCCCUACUACGGGUAUAUGGGUAAGAAGCGGAGGCGCUGGGAGCUCCGAUGGCAAGGACGGUUUAAAAGGAAGCCAAGCUCGGCAUUAUUUUUUGGAAUCGAAGCAACACAGCCUCUUCCAGAGCUGGGGUUUGUUGCUAAGUCCGCUAACUACCCCAACUCUGACCCGUCGAAGAACACAUUCUUUACUUUUCCACUAGUCAGUGCUGACACAUGCAUCGUUUCGGAUUUGGAUACACCCCCCGACGAGCUUCCUGACAUCACUGCCGACAAAGCCCUUACAGGAAAAGUGACUCAUGACUACUUAUUUGACACCGAGCACAUCUAUACUUUUUGCUACUUUUCGAUGUACAUCGACUUCGUGACUUGGGAUCUGCGCAACUUACCUGUCGUCAGUGGCACAUCGUUGUGUACGUUCACUGGUUAUCAGCCUAUUCAUGUUAUCGUUAAGGAUCAAGAAGAUGAAUACUUCAUGGAUGUACUUGUAGCGCAUAGGAGCCUCUCUCCAGUGUGGGCAGAUUAUAUUACGCCUGAUGAGUCAACAGCAGCAGAGGUGAUGAAACUGAGGCCGCCUGUCAUUCAUACUCGUAAGAUCCGCUGCAGUGCUAUCCCAAUUGCUCUGUGA